CGGUCGCAGCCGGCCCCGCCCCCUCCCUGACGCCACCCGCGUCGGCCAGUCAGCAGGCCUCCCUCUCGACGCCGGUCCCGCCCGCCUCAGCCGCCGCCAUGAAGCUGACCGAGGACGUGCUGCGCAGCUUUCGCGUGGCCAAGGUGUUCUGCGAAAACUCGGACAAGAUCAACUGCCUGGAUUUCAGCCCCAGCGGCCACUGGGUCGUGUCGAGCAGCGCCGACGACUCCAUCGUGCUGUACGACCUCCGGGAGGGCAAAGCGCAGCGGACGCUGUACAGCCGGAAGUACGGCGCGGGCCUGAUCCGCUACGCGCGCGACGCGGGCUCGGUGCUGUGCAGCUCCAGCAAGCGGGACGACACCAUCCGCCACCUGUCCCUGCACGACAACAAGUACAUCCGCUACUUCCCGGGGCACAGCCGCAGGGUGGUGGCGCUGUGCGUGUCGCCCGCCGACGACAUCUUCGUGUCCGGCUCGCUGGACCGGACCGUCCGCCUGUGGGACCUGCGCGCGCCCAACUGCCAGGGCCUGGUGCACCUGCGCGGGCGGCCGCUGUGCGCCUUCGGCCCCGACGGGCUGGUCCUGGCGGCCGCGGUCAGCUCCAGGGCGGUCAAGCUGUACGACCUGCGCGCCCUGGACAAGGGCCCGUUCGCCACGUUCCGCACGCGCUGCGACCGGCCCUGCGACUGGACGGGGCUGCGGUUCAGCGGCGACGGCCGGCUCCUGCUGAUCGCCACCAACGCCGGCUUCCUGUGCCUGCUGGACGCCUUCUCCGGGGCGCUGCUGCACACGUUCGCCGGCCACGCCAACGCCACGGCGGCCGCGCUGGAGGCGGCCUUCACCCCGGACUCGCGCUUCGUGAUGACGGGCUCGGAGGACGGCAAGAUCCACGCGUGGAGCGGCGAGAGCGGCGCCGAGGUGGCCGUGCUGGACGGCAAGCACGCGGGCCCGGUCAGCUGCCUGCAGUUCAACCCCAAGUUCAUGACGUUCGCCAGCGCCUGCUCCCGCAUGCUCUUCUGGCUGCCCACCGUGGACGAGUCGGCCUGACGCGGCUCCGCUGCUUCCGCGCAGCGGGGCGGCCAGUAGGGGGGAUCGCGGAGUGGGCCACGCCUGUCAUCCCAGCACUUUGGGAGGGCGACACGGGUGGAUCACGAGGCCAAGGGAUCGAGACCAUCCUGGUCAACGUGCUGAAACCCCGUCUCUGCUAAAGAUACGACAAAGAAAGAAACGCGGAGGGGACUGAGAACAGUCGCGUUGCACCCUUGGGCUGCGGCGGGAGCUUCCUUCCGCAUGGCCUCUCCACCCGUGUGCUGUGUGUCCACCUUCUCAAAGGAGGGUCUUCAGAAGGACCCUCGGUGCAGCAGACUCGGCCUUUUUAAACUCAUUAUUUUUUGACUUGUUCCUCAAACUGGAAGUCCAAGAAGCGGACACCUUUCCCAAAUGUACGGUAGAUACUACGGGAUGCCACCCACUGUCGAGCUCUCCUCUCCCAGAGAGGAAGGACUUUCAGAAACCAAAUGACGCUGCUAUUGCCCACCCAGGGUGGAAAACGCAUGAUAGGAAUAAUUGUUGAGAGUGCUUGGAUCCAUGGGUUAACAGGAAACGCUACGUAACUUCGCAUAUCUCCAACCAGAGCAAUCACCAAGCAUGACUUGCCCGGCAGCAGGAAAACGAUUUUUAUUUGAGUUCCUGUGUGUUCAAAACUGAGGCACCGUUUUCUCUGAAAACAUGACACCUCAUGGCUUCUAUUUUUGGCCCCUGUGCCUCCUGAGUUAAGAAGGAAAGGAAAAAGGGCCGGGCGUGGUGGCUCACCCCUGUAAUCCCAGCACUUUGGGAGGCCGAGGCGGGUGGAUCAUGAGGUCAGAGAUCGAGACGAGACCAUCCUGGUCAAUAUGGUGAAACACCGUCUCUACUAAAAAUACAAAAAAAAUUAGCUGGGCGUGGUGGCGUGCGCCUGUAAUCCCGGCUACUCAGGAGGCUGAGGCAGGAGAAUUGCCUGAACCCAGGAGGCGGAGGUUGCCGUGAGCCGAGAUCGCGCCAUUGCACUCCAGCCUGGGUAACGAGCGAUAACGAGCGAAACUCCGUCUCAAAAAAAAAAAAAAAAAAAAAAAAAAAAAAGAAAGAAAGAAAGGAAAAAGAUAUAGCUGGAAGUGAGUAGAAAUGACGAGGUGAGGGCAUAAGGCAGAAUGAGCGAAGAGAAGCUGAGGGCUGCGGCUGCACAGAUGCUCUCAGCAGAGCCAGAGGUGCUUAAAUUUUCUUAGCGGUAGGUAAGGAGUGUGGCAGCGGCGUUUGCCACCCAUUUAGGAGUCAGGGCCAAAGCCACUGAUGUUUAUUUGACAGCCACACUGCACUGCUCAGCCAGCGGAUACUUAAAAAAAUGUAUUUCCCACUGCAACUACAAUUACUGCUUAAUAAGGAAAAUUUGGGAAUUUUGGAAAGAGUAAGUUUGCCACCCAGAUGCUACCACUGUUAAUCUUUCGGUGUUAAAUGUUCCCCUAGACAUUCCUGUGUGUAGAUUUUUGGUGUGUUUACAUAAUUAUUCUACUGUAUAUGCAAUUUUAUGUCCCUUUUGUACUUAACAUAAAACAUUUUUUCCAUGUUACAGUCUUCAUUAUAGUUUUUGUUACAGAAUAUAUAUAUAUAUAUAUAUAUAUCACUAAAUAAGGUAAAAUAAGGAACGGCAUGUUAAAAUUAACAAAAACGAAAUUUGUCACUAGCAGACUUGCACCUACAUUUCCCCCUAAAAAAGAUGGAGCAAGAUGAGAUUAAAGAGAAGUUAUGUCAGAGGGAAACAUUUUUAAAAAUGAUUUCAACUUUUAUUUUAGAUUGAGGGGGUACAUAUGCAAGUUUGUUACAGGGCAUAUUUUGUGAUGCUGAGGUUUAGAAUAGGAAUGACCCCAUCAACCAGGUAGUUGAACAGAAUACCCAAGAGUCUUUUGUGGCCCCUUCCCUCCCCAGUCUAGUGGUCCCAAGCAUCUAUUAUUGCUGUCUUUAUAUCCAUGAGUACCCAGUGUUUAGCCCCCACUUAUAAGUGAGAACACGCGGCAUUUGGUUUUCUGUUCCUGUGUAAAUUUGCUUAGGAUAAUGGCCUCCAGCUGCAUCCAAGUUGCUGCAAAAGACAUAGUAUCAUUCUUUUAAUGGCUUUGUGGUAUUUCAUGCCCUAUUGUACCACAUUCCUUAUCUAAUCCACCACUGAUGGGCACCUAGGUUGAUUCUAGUCUUUGCUAUUAUGAAUGGUGUUGCGAUGAACAUGUAAGUUUAUGUGUCUUAUAUGGUAGAACAGUUUAUUUUCUUUUGGAUAUAUACCCAAUUUAUUAGCCAGGGUUCUCCAGAGAGACAGAACUAAUAGGAUAUAUGUAUAUGUGAAAGGGAGUUUAUUAAGAAGAAUUGACUCAGAUGAUCACGAUUAUGUGGAUAGACCUUUGUUGGAUGCACAGUUUGUGGAUAUUUUCACCCAUUCUGUAGGUUGUCUGAUUACUCUCAUCAUAGUUUCGUUUGCUGUGCAGAAGCUGUUUAGUUUAGUUUCCACUUGACUAUUUUUUAUAUUAUUAUACUUUAAUUUCUGGGGUACAUGUGCAGAUCAUGUAGCUUUGCUACAUAGGUAUACAUGUGCCGUGGUGGUGGUUUGCUGCAUCCAUCACCCCGUCAUCUACAUAAGGUAUUUCUCCUCACACUGUACCUCCCCAAUCUCCCAACAGCCUGCUGUUCCUCCCCUAGCUACCUAUCAACCAGACCACAGUGUGUGAUAUUCCCCUCCCUGUGCCCAUGUGGACUUAGUCAUAAAUUCUUUCACAAGCCUAUGUUCAGGAUGGCGUUUCUUAGUUUUAUUCCUUGCAUUCUUAUAGUUUAAAAUACUAUAAUUACAUUUAAAUCUUUAAUCCAUCAUGAGUUAAUUUAUUAUCUUGUGAAAGGUAAGGGUCUAGCUUCAAUCUUCUGCAUAUGGCUAGUCAGUUAUUCCAGCACCGUUUAUUGAAUGAUUCCCUUUCCCGUUGCUUGUUUUUAUAAACAGUGUCAAAAUUCAGAUGGCUGUAGGUGUGUGACCUUAUUUCUGGUUUCUCUAUUCUGCUCCAUUGGUCUUUGUAUCUGUUUUUUGUUUUUUUUGUUUUUUUUUUCGUUUUGUUUUGUUUUUUUGAGACGGUGUCUCACUCCAUCACCAGGCGCCAGACUGGAGUGCACGACCUCGGCUCACCGCAACCUCCGCCUCCCGGGUU